GAAAGGAAGACAGACCUGCAGUUCUGAAAGAAUGAGAGAAGUUGGGUGGAUAGUGGUGUUUGUGAUGAUUUUCAUCAGCUGCAAUGGCCCAGUACUGCAGGGAAUAUCCCUAAAUGCUCCUGCCUGCAAGGAGCCCCCCUGUACCGAGAAGGAACUGAGAACUGCCCUCCUGGAUCUGUCUGGUGUCCACCAGGUCAAGGGCACAUGGAUGGGAUCCACCACUUUACCGUGUACCUACGUGCCUUCAGAAGGUUUCACAGAGCAAGCACUCAGUUGGAGUGUGGAGCGGGACUCUAGCACCUCUACCAUCUUUCGGAGGGAUGAUUCUGGUGACCACAUCUUGCUGUCUAACUUUCGAGAUCGAGUCAGCGUCCCAAAACACAGCCCAGGGAAUGUCUCACUCCUAAUUGAGAACCUUGAAAUGCCUGACAGCGGACACUACACCUGUCAAGUCAUCUGGAGGUCUACAAAUAACAGCUUGAUAACAAGGGAGGUGACCACUAUAGUUAAAAUUGUCAAAGUGGCAGCCACCAAGCCCAUCAUCAGGGCCGGCGAGCUGGGGCUGACGGUCCCGGCCGGAGCCAGCACCAGCCUGACGUGCGAGGCCAGUGGGUCCCCCCCCAUCAGCUACCGCUGGUUCCGGAGCACCCCGGGGGGGAAAGUCCUGCUCCGGAGCAGCGGGGCCGAGCUGGCGUGGGACAGCCUGCGGCCCUCCGACAGCGGGAUGUAUUUCUGCGAGGCAGCAAACAGGGCUGGGGGCGGAGUGGCCCAGCAGAGCGACACCGUGCAGCUGACAGUGACAGCAGAUCUGCUCCCAACAGUGCUGGUCUCCAGGAUGGAUACUGCUCCAGAAGGGCCUGUCACGGACACAGGUGCCCCCCCGGACCCGCUGCUCUACGGGACCGUGGCCGCACUGGCCGGAACCGCGCUGGGCGCGCUCGGGGUGGUGGCGGCGCUGCGCUGGAGGCGGCGGCGCAGGAAGGAGGAUCCUCUCUAUGAAGUUGCUUUCACUGCAGGUGUCACGGCGCUGGAGGCUGAGGUGAAAGUCCCUAUUAAAUGUCUUCACAAGGAGACAUGUUCUAGUGCUGAAACAUCCAAUGACACUUUCACCGUGAAAGACAGGAAGAGUCCUGAGUAUGAGAACCUUGUGACUGCAAUGGAAUCAGAAUAUGAAACAGAGGGAAUUUAGCAGAGUACCAGCUCUUCUGCAUGAGCUGCCAUGCAGGACUGCACAUACCAAAUGGUGAACUUAACAGGAGCAAACCCUUCCUCCUGUUGGUCUUCUGCUCUGAUAAAUGUUUCACUGCUUGCUUAAACCCAGAGGAGCUGCAUAAUCUUCUUGGGCUUUGGCAAACAAGGCCUUGCCCGCUGGAGCAAAAACCCUCAGCUGAGCAUUUGUCUAUCCACUUCUACAGAGUGAGUAAUUUCUGAGCAGCCUGAAUGACUAAGGUCAGGAAGAGAGGAUCUGAGGGACUUGGAACGUGAACGUCUUUAGCCUGCAAAUCCAGGAGUAGCUGGGUGCAAUGCUACCAGCCAGUAACAGCAGCAAGGGGUACUUUUCAGUGCAUGUUCCUGUUAGGACAUCCCAGGCUGCAAAGAACCAGGGAUUGUGCUGGAAAUGGACGUCCUCUGGCUUUUGCAGUACAGCAAAUACUGGUUUGUACAUCCUGCUUGUCCCUGAGUCUUUUUUUGUUAGAGCAUAAUAAAGGGACCACAGAUGGGA